AUGUCCAGGACACGGUCUCAAUCCAGGGGUGGCACCAGACCACGUCCCAGCUCCGGUGCCCGUUCCGGAUCCGGUCUCGGACCUGGCCAGGGAAAGACUGACGCACCGAGCACCAGACCGGACCCCUCGCCCAGGACAGACUGCGGGCACGCACGGGGACUCCAGCUGUCCGGGGCAGUCCACGCCGCCGAGGACCAGAGCAGGGGCAAUAACCCCAGGCACAGGCGCCAGCAUUUCAAGACGUUGCUCGAGAGGGCAGUUGAAUUAGCCGGUCCUCGGCCCCUUGUCAUAGUCGGUGACUUCAAUGCCCCACAUGGCUUAUGGAGAUACGUGUAUGAGACGAGAAAAGGUCGCGACCUCUGGCAGGACGCCACCGAACUAGACCUUACCUUAAUCACUGAUAAGGCUUUUCCUACGCGGAUAGGCAACUCUGCGGCGAGAGACACGACGCCAGACCUCGCUUUCAUCAAGAAUGUCGAAAAGACUACAUGGGCCAACACCGCCAUGGAUUUUGGCAGCGACCACUACGUUCUGCAAACUUCUAUUAUAGUGGACCGUAGCAGAGUCCGAGAGUUCACGGUGAUUGACUGGGAUCUUUUUCGCAGCAUUCGCGGUACAAGGGCCAGUGCUCCUGACAAUUUUGAGGAAUGGUGCGAGGGCAUCCGCAGAGAUACCACCACUGCCACCAAGAAGAUAAAUACAGAUUUAAAUGUGGAGAAGAUGGACAGUAGGCUUGCCCACCUGCUCGAAGCCAAGACCUGCUGUUUUCUCGAUGGAACAAGCAGAGGCACAACCUGGGACGAGUUGUGCGAGUCCGUCGACGGUCUAAUCAGAAAUGACAAGUCCUGGCACCUUCUGAAGCACCUCCUGGACGAGCACAGCACUAGAGCCAACCAGAGACACACUUUAGCCCGUGCCCUUCACGAAGCCACCAAAGAACAGGGGGUUGACGAACUCGUUACCCGAUUAGUUUCCAAGUACCUGCCGGUCGAACGAGAGGACGAAGACGGCGUGUUCCCAGAGUAUGGUGGUCCUCCUCUACCUGAACUAGACGAAGACGUUUCAGAGGCUGAAAUCAGGAGAGUGAUACAAAUGCUCAAUCGCAAGUCGGCACCAGGGCCAGACGGGAUCACGAACAGAGCCCCCAGAAACCUCGACGACGCAUCCAUAGAACGUCUAACUGGUUUCAUCAAUGAAGUAUGGGAAACGGGAAGGGUUCCUGAGGAAUGGAAGCUAGCUGACACCGUACUGAUUCACAAGCCAGGAAAGUCUCCUAGCGUUGAGAAUCUCCGCCCCAUUUCCCUCACGUCGUGCAUGAGCAAGGUGGCAGAGCACGCAAUUCUCAACAGACUUAACGACUACCUGGAGGGAAAUGAGAUCUAUACGCAGAAUAUGAUUUGGUUUCGUACCGGCCUUUCAACGCAGGAUGCAAUGCUGCUCAUUAAGCACGAAAACGUUUGUGCACGUGUCCUUGUUACUGACAAUGCAGUGCCUGGAGAUGGUUGGCAAUAG